CUUCCCGUACACUCCCUUUGCUCUGUUCUGCUCUCCUCUCGCCAACGCACCUCAAACCUCCCGAUCUCACAUACCCAUAUGGACCCACCACCGCCACCAUCCCCCAUCGCCUCCCCUACCGCAAAGCUCCGUUUGAUGUGCAGUUACGGCGGCCACAUAACCCGUCGCCCCCGCACCAAGUCCCUUUCCUAUUUAGGCGGCGAAACACGCAUAAUAUCCGUCGACCCAACCACCGUCAACACUCUCUCCUCCUUCAUUUCCCACCUCCUCACUAUCCUCCCCAUCAAACCCCCCUUUUCCCUCAAAUAUCACCUCCCUCAAUCCGCCCUCGACUCUCUUAUCUCCCUCUCCUCCGACGUCGACCUCCAUUUCAUGUUCUCUGAGCAUCUCCGUCUCUCCUCUUCCUCUUCCUCUUCUUCUCGCAUUAGGCUCUUCCUCUUUUUCCCCGAACCCGAGAAACCCCAUAAUGUUAUUCAUCAUCCCAAGACUGAGGCCUGGUUCUCCGAUGCGCUUAAGAGUGCGAAGAUUUUGCAGAAGGGGCGCGAUUGCUUGGUGGGUUUUGAUGGGGAAGGGUUGGUUGGAGAAAAUGAAGUCAAGGGUAUUGUUGAUUUGGGUAAUGGGGGUUUUUCUUUGCCGGAAUCCAUGGUUUUGGAGACUAGUUCUUCUUUUGGAUCAUCGUCUUCUUCGGCUUCUUUGGCUAAUGUGUCUCCUCCCAUUAAACUUCAAAGUGAGGAUUAUGGACUCAGUUCGGUGGCUUCGGAUUGCGUCGCAACCCUCGCGAGUGAUAUUGCCCCUACCAAUUCAUGUUCUUCAGUUGAGAAUGGGGUCACGUCUGUUCCUGUGAUAUCAGAGAGUAAUUUUCACAACCUCGCUGCCGGAGUUCGUUCCCGAAACCCUCACGACUUUUCAGGCUAUGCCCAACCGAACCUUUUUCAGCACCAGGAAUUGCAGUUUGUUCAACCAAGCAUACCGGUAGAGAGCUGCCUUCCAGUUGUGUAUCAAAUGCCUUCUUACUAUCCAGUCCAGCAGCCUCAGUUUGUGCAUUACCAGCCGAUGCCGAACCAUGUGUAUCCUGUGUACUAUUUGCCCGUUGGACAGACACAAGUUUCAGCCCCUUCCAAUCUACCCGUGCAAGCCCCUGUUGGACAGACACAAGUUUCAGCCCCUUCCAAUAUACCAAUGCAAUGGGGCUUGCACGAUACUGCGACUGCAAACUCAACUCAUAGUUUGGUUCUGCCCGAUGCAUCACCUGUUGUUCCUCUUCCUCAGGUAGCUUACAAGGAGAUGAUGCCCGAGCCACACUCACAGAAUCUUGGAGCAAUGCCAUCUCUUGCAAAUCCAAUUUCUGCUGACGAAGUUCAGCAGCAUCCAGUAAUCAUUCCUAAUGAUGUUGCAGCUGAUGCAUUGGAUGAAGUUGGACGUACUUGUGACGAAUGCAAUGACGAUGAUCCUACGAGGACCUUAAUAUACAAAUCUCAGCCUCUGCCACCACUGCAAAGUAAACCAAAAGUCUCAACGAACCUUCUGUCGGAAGCAAUGGCACAGCUGCAGAUGAUAAAAAUCAACCAGUAAAAGAUUUUGAUGACCCAGUUUUGUGGGAUUCUUUUUCUUUCAUGAUUGGAGUUCCUGAUGAGGAUUGUGUUAUAGGUGUAAAGACUGAAUGGUUGUUAUUCUUGUUCUUUUUCUUCUCUGUCUAUGUUGUAUUUCUUUCUUUGGUCAUCGGAAGAAUCAUCUAAUGUAUGUUAAGCACAAGUGUCCUUUUUUUAUAUGGAAAUUGGGUUAGAAAUGUUAUAAACAA